CUUUCUGAAGGCUUAGUAACAAAAUGGUAUCGCUCCCCACGCCUCCUCCUCUCGCCAAACAACUACACGAAAGCCAUCGACAUGUGGGCAGCCGGCUGCAUCCUGGCCGAGAUGCUGACGGGAAGGAUGCUCUUCGCUGGGGGUCACGAGCUGGAACAGAUGCAGCUUAUUCUGGAGACGAUCCCUGUUAUCCACGAGGAAGACAAACAGGAGCUGCUCAAAGUGAUGCCCACAAACGCCGCUGGGAAGUUGAGAAAGCCGCUGCGCAAGCUGCUCCCCGAAGUGGACAGUGAAGCUAUUGAUUUUCUGGAGAAAAUACUCACAUUUAACCCUAUGGAUCGAUUAACGGCUGAGAUGGGUCUGCAGCAUCCUUACAUGAGUCCCUAUUCCUGCCCCGAGGAUGAACCGGUGUCUCAGCAUCCAUUCCGGAUUGAGGAUGAGAUUGAUGAUAUUUUACUGAUGGAAGCCAACCAGAGCCAGAUGUCUAACUGGGACAGGUACAGUAGCAGGUAUCACGUCAGCCUCUCCUCUGAUUUGGAAUGGAGGCAUGAUAAGUACCACGACAUGGAUGAGGUUCAGCGGGACCCCCGGGCAGGGUCUGAAUCCAUUGCUGAAGAAGCACAAGUUGAUCCACGGAAAUACUCACAGAGCAGCUCGGAGAGGUUCUUGGAGCUAUCCCACUCAUCCAUGGACCGAGUAUUUGAUGCUGACUGCGGGAAAUCGUGUGAUUACAAGGUGGGGUCACCUUCCUACUUGGACAAAUUGUUGUGGAGAGACAAUAAGCCCCAUCAUUACUCAGAGCCCAAGCUGAUCUUAGAUUUAUCCCACUGGAAGAGAGCCACCAUAGCACCCGCAGCUGAGCUAGCGCUGGAAGAAGAACCAUCCAACCUCUUUCUGGAGAUUGCUCAGUGGGUGAAGAGCACGCAGGUGGGUCUCGAGUGUCCUAGUCCUCUUCCAGAGAUUCAGGAAAGGAGCCUGACAUCUUCUCCCCACCAUCUCCACAAAGAACCCACGGAGGUGAACAGCGAAACAGACCCUGAGUUUGACUUGGAUGUCUUCAUCUCCAGGGCGCUGAAACUUUGCACAAAACCCGAGGAUCUUCCAGACAACAAGCUCAGUGACAUCAACGGGGCCUGCAUAGCUGAGCACCCUGGUGAGAUUGUACAAACAGAGGUGUUCCAGAAAGAGCGAUGGUGA